CCUCUGCUCCAUCUUCAUUCUGACGCGAGUGUUUGUAGCAAGUCCAAACACCCAGAGUUCCCCAGGACCCCAUCAUGCAGGCUUCAGCCUCAAUCAUUCAUCCCGACGAUUACUAAACCCAGUAGUCACCAGGAGCCAUCCCUUCGGAGAUGGCUGCCACGCAGAAUUUCAACGCGCAUAACGAAGACAUGGAGAUCGGUCUGUUGGACGACACAAUCGAUCCCGACGUAGAGGCUCGACUCUACGGUGAAAUCUACUAUUCCAAUGACACAUAUCCAGACCAACCAGGGAUUCUGGAGCCCCCCACGCCCCUCAACGAGGUUGAGCCCUCGGAUUCGAGCGCUCGAGACAGUCCCCAGUGUACGAAGGACCCCCAGCCAGGCCAGAGCAGGAGUCCAGGCUUGUGCCCUCCCCAGGACUCCCCCCCAGAGGCUCCCCAGUACUUUAACAGAAAAAAACACAGAGCAUUGAUUGAUGGUCCCCUCGAGUUUCCCCACCCCUUCAGUUUCCCCAGGCCUUUUCCAAUGGACAAGGGCCACCCCAGGGGCCCAAGGACCCACGAUUCCUCCCAGAGGGCGAAUAGGAACGACUAUCCUAGGGAAAAUCACAGGAGACGAGACCCCAAUCCCUCCCAUAGGCCAAGAAAAUCAAGAGAGUCGCCCUGGAGGGAGAAUCCUGGUCGAGAGGAGGUGAUGGAGGAAGACGGAGAGCCCGACAGCACCUCGUUGAUAGCUCUAGACGAGGCGAUGACUCCACCGGAGGUCACGACCCCAAAACCCGCGGAACUCCUUCGAAAUAAUUCGAAAUCCCCCGAUGAGGCGCCCCAGGAGACCUCCAACGCCUCCUCACCUCCACCCAAGGACGAGGAGGAAGCGCCUGUCAAUUCUAAGUACAAAGUCCUGGGGAAAAAGUCGACUAAAAAAAUUCUUCAACUUGUGACUGAAAUCUCCGACUCUGAUGAUUCCAUUCUGGAAGUUCCAGUGCCUCCGAAACCCACUCCACCGUUGAUCAGCCUUCAAGACUCCGAUGAGGAGUCCAGCAGUGAGGAAGAGUCCUCAGUGGUGAUGGAUAAAUCAGACAGAACCAGUUCUCGUGCCAAAGAUUCUUCGUCAGAGUCUUCUCGCUCGUCAUCUCCGGAGAUAAUUGAGGACUCUGAUGACACGAGGGACAGUUCAGGGACACAUGAGGGAGUUAAUCUCAUCUUAAACUGCACUAGGGUCCAAAAGGGUGUGUCGAGUCUUGCGGAGAUCAAGCGGAUGCGGGAGAGUGAGGGAAAGAGUGUUGUCGAGCAAAUUGAUGAGGAGAGUAUGACGGAGAGUGAAGCCAUGAACUGGGGCUCGCUGGAGGGAGAGAUGGAGAAGAGUCAGGGUGAGACACUGAAGCAAUUGUGGCAGGAGUUCUCUGAGGAGGGAGACCUGAGGAGAAAUUUUCUGGACGAGUCUGGGUCUUCAGGAAAGCCCAGUGAAGAGGCCUCGAGGGUUUCCUUGGAGAAAACAGCGAACGAAAAAUCGAAAGAGGAUGGGAGCAGGAGGGAGAAGGGAGCUGGGGAAAAAUCGAAAGAGGUUGAGGGCAGGCGGGAUACCCCGAGGAAGAGAGCCCUUGAUGGGAGGACCGAUGGGGAGACGCCCAGGAAGAGGACGAGGCAGAAGGAGAAUCAGGAUAAGGAGAUCAGCUUCGAGGAGUAUUUGCUCCAACCGAUGCCUAAACAGCUGAGGGACUUUUACAAUGAACCCAGGGGCGGGGAUAUAAUGAGGGAUAUCAGGGAGAUACAGAAUGACAUGCCCAAAAAUCCGAGUCGGUGGAUGGUUUUGGAUUCAGACAUAUAUCCAUUGCACCGAAAGAAACACAGUGUGUGCUCAAUCUGCCAACGUGAGGGUCAUGUACGCAGCAGAUGUCCAAACAGGCCAAGAGCUCCCACUUGUCACAUCUGCGGGGUUGUGGGCCACUCGGAACCCCGGUGUCCUGAGAACAAAAAAUGCAUCAGUUGUGGCAAGAAAUACUCAACCUGCAGAACAACGUGUGAGCACUGCAUUCGUCUUCGGUGCAGCCAGUGCAGUGGACGGGGUCACACUCUAGCUAAUUGUCCAGACAAUUGGCGAAAAUAUCAUCAAACGACAUCAGGAACAGCCGUGAACAUUCCCCCGGACGCAGGCGCGAUUCUGAAGCCCCCGAAUGAAUUGAGUUGCUGCAAUUGCACGCGCCGAGGGCACGACGCAGCGACAUGCAUGGACUACCGCUGGUCGGGCCACUUCAUCCUGCCCAACUACGUCCGAGACUACAAGUCGGGUCCCAGCUACGUCUCGGCGCCAUCCCCUCACCGGCAAGCGAUGCCAGACCUCCGCGAGCCGAUGAACAUCGAGCGCCUUGGGAUCAGCCUGGAGGGCCCCUCGACGUACCUCUUCCACUUCGUCAACUCGUCCCCCCAGGACACCUCCUCCUGGAAGGAGUGUUCACUAGUCCCCAACCAGCUCCCAGGAGUGGACUACCCACAGCCCCACGACAACCCAGUCUACCCCCUCUUCCUGAGGACGCACUUCAGCAAGUGCACGUGUGCCCCGAUGGAGGUGUUCGUCAAACGCUGUUACAAAUUGCAGGGAUUACCGAUCAUAACAAUGAGAACCCCCGACGAUGCAUCCCUCGGCAAAUUGAAGGACCUUAUUCACCAGUGGCUGACACGACCCAGAGACGACAAGGAGUCGCUGUCCCACACGCCCCAGCUCCCGCAGGCUCGUCUGGAGCUCCUCCACGUUUUAAAAAGCAAAUUGCGGAAAUUCAACAGGAGAGCCGUGUCCCACCAGUUCUGGAGGAAAGUGCCGGCGUGUCUACAGCUGCAGAAGAACAUUGCCACGAGCAGGGGGAAGAGGAUGGCCAAUAAGGACAAAUUGGAGAGGAAGAUCCAGAGCCUGAAGGAACUGAAGUUGGGAUGUGUCGUGGGAAGCUACAAGUAUCUGCUGAUCGAUACGCCUCUGGACGCUUUGAGGAGAUUCUGGGAUUUCGUUGGAGCUGUUGAGGAGCUGCCGGAGGGGGAGGUGCCUGGGGAAAUGUAUAUUACAGCUGUUUGGUACUGUUUCGAGCUGUUUACUCCUCAUUUGUCACCGACGAUUUGGACUUCGAUGGAGAAGUGGACGAGGGAUCCGACGCUUCAUGUGAGGGGGGCGAAGGUUUACAGGGAGUGGAUUCACGGUGUUCGCAAGGGGAUUAAACGCAGACGCGGGAUUUAUUCGGAGGGGAAUGCAGGGGAAGUGGUGAGUGAGCCUGGGGUGUCCUCUGGGUUGAGGGAGGUGGUGGAAGUGGAGAAAGGGGCGGGGAAUUCCUCGGAGGGGGAGAGAAUCGAGCAGGGUGAGAAUUCCGAAGGAGAUGUGGAGAUAAUUGAUGAGAAAGCAGCUCCUGCGAGUUGUCCUGCGUUUUUCUCUUCCCGUCUCACGUUACUGGAUGUCUGGGCGAGGAAGAGAACGACUUCGGCUGGGGCCAAGAUGGGCAGGAAGCUCGCUGAAAUAAUGCGCCUGGGACUGCCUGUGGAUAUGCCAAUGCCGAAGGAUCCUCGGGAGUUCAGUCCCGAGUUGUUGGCGGAGUACGGGAAUAAGGGUCUUGAGAUAAUGAGGCAGCAGAAUAUGAGCAACGUUGGGAGGAGAGUUAUGAAGCUUCUGGAGGGGACUGAAGGCAUGGUCGCUCGUAGGGGACAGCUGAUCACCAUGUGGCAGAUGAUAAAAGGCGAGUUGGUUAGGAGGAGGAAUAGGGAAAAUAAGAGGAAAAAGGAGACUUUCGCGACGGCGAAGAAGAGGUGGAAGAAGAAGAGUGCAAAGGUUGGAUGUUUGCCGUAGAAUUUUUUACAGGUGUGAAUAAAUGGUUAUUAUGUGGUGAAAUGUUGGAGAAUUUUUUCGGGAUUGGAGUGCAGAAUAAAUUCUCAUCCCGCUCGUAUGGUGCUAAUGGGGGGUCUGGUGAUUUCGUUGUGAUUCUUGUUUUUCCUUUUUUUUCUAUGAGAUCGAACGCGCGCUGU